GGGAUCUCCAGUCUCCGGGAUGGAGGGACAAGGCGGCGGUGGGUCCGUCUCCAACGUGGAGCUCUGUAACUUGGCCUACGCGGGACAGCUGGAGGAGCUCAAGGAGCGGCUGGGCGCCCACCCGGGCCUGGGUACGCGCGCCGGUCAGGACAAUAGGACAGCUCUACACUGGGCAUGUUCAGCUGGACAUUCAGAUAUUGUUGUCUUUUUGCUAAGCCUGGGAGUGCCUGUUAAUGACAAGGAUGAUGCUGGCUGGACCCCUCUGCAUAUUGCUGCAUCAGCUGGCCGGGAUGAAAUUGUGAAAGCCCUCCUUCAGAAAGGAGCUCAGGUGAAUGCCACCAAUCAGAACGGCUGCACCCCUCUGCAUUACGCCGCAUCGAAGAAUAAGCAGGAGAUUGCACUGAUGCUCCUUGAGAACAAAGCUAAUCCAGAUGCAAAGGAUCACUUGGCCUCAACGCCGUUACACAGAGCAGCAUCCAAAGGGAACCUGAAAAUGAUACAGAUCCUUCUGAAGCACAAAGCUUCAGUCAAUUUACAGGACUCCGAAGGAAACACAGCUCUCCAUUUAGCUUGCGAUGAAGAGAGAGUGGACGAAGCGAAACUCCUGGUGGCCCACGGUGCGAGUAUCUAUAUUGAGAACAAAGAUGAAAAAACCCCAUUGCAAAUUGCAAAAGGAGGGCUGGGAUCUAUUCUAAGAAGGCUGGUUGAGGGGUAGCUGCGUUGGGCGACAUGAAUUCCAUUCUUGAUAAAGCUAUUGAAGACUGUUCAUAGAGGCUUUUUAAAAAAAAAAAAAGUCUGAACAUGCUACAACUUGAAUUUUUAUUGCACUGUAUCUUCUGCAUACUUUCCUACAUCUUCUGUGGCCAACUCUCCAAAAGUCUCCUUGCGUUAUGAAGCUUAUUACUGUUUUUGCAAAGUCUGGUUGUCCUCUUGGAGAACAAUUUCAAGAAAACUCUCUCCAUCUGCUUUCCUGUAACUUUGGAAACCAGAUCUCCAUCUGUGUCAGGCUUGCAAGAAGAGGCGAGUGGGUGAAGCCUACAGAUUGCUAACUGUAAAAGUGAUCGCUUUACUUUUUCAACUUGUCAUCUGUGUAUUAAGUGAAUGUCAAAAGGUAGUGCUCACGUGUGGUGACUCAGAAUUGAGCACGCCUUGCCAAAAUCCAAGGCUGCAGCAUCUGUCGCCCUCCAGAAGUUGCUGAACUACAAUUCCCAGCAGCCACUGCCAGUGGUUGAAGAUUCUGGGAUUGUACCUUAAUGGCAUCUGGAGGGCCACUGGUAGCAGCUGUCUCACUGGAUUUCUUUAUUGUAAUAUUUUUGGAAUCUUUCUGCAAGCAUCUUUUGCUUCAGCCUACUUCCUCUUGUAGGCAGUAAGUGAUCAGAGUGGAGCAUUAUGGGAAGAAAGCUUAUAGAUUUAAACUUAGUUCAGGAAAGGUGCAGGUAUCACAAAUUGUUCCUUGUGAAUAAAAGCUAAUGUGUGUUGGCA